AUGACAGUACAUGUCCCAUACAGUGCAUGGAGUGAACAAUGUCGUGCAUUACUCGAAGUUUAUUGCAAGCUAGACGCCCUUUGUGUUUGUGAUCACGGAAGCCGUGUGCUUGGCAGUGCAUUUAAAAUCCCAGAAUUUGCGAAUAUUACCAAUUUAAGCACAAAUCAAGUUCGCGCUAUACGUCUUGUCAUGGCUAAAAUCAGUGGUACACAAAAGCCAACCAUUGAUUUCUUGAAUGAUCGUUUUGUAGUAGUUGAUGCUAACAGUGAAAUGUUAUCAGCUAAAUCUGGUAAAAAGAGUUUAUUUGUUGAACUGACAAAAACAUUGUGCAUAUUUGGUUUGGCUAUGGAUACAGAGACUGAAAAUAAACAUUCUGUUGGUCUAGCAGCAAUGCGUGAUAUACAGAAAUACUAUGAAGAUGCAGAAUUUUGA